AGCCUUUUGUGCUCUUUGCUUCUACGGAGUCACCAUAACUUUCCGUUUGGAGGUCAGAGCCUUCAGAUGGCAGAUAACAGUUUUUCAGAUGGUGUUCCCUCAGACGCCUUGGAGGCUGCUAAAAAUAAACAAGGUACAGAAGAGCUCACCGACCAGGUGAUGCAGAACCCUCAAGUUUUGGCAGCUCUACAGGAACGGCUUGACAAUGUCUCCCACACUCCUUCCAGUUACAUUGAGACUUUACCCAAAGCGGUGAAGAGAAGAAUCAAUGCGUUGAAACAGCUGCAGGUGAAGUGUGCUCACAUAGAGGCCAAGUUCUACGAGGAGGUGCAUGACCUGGAGAGGAAGUAUGCCGCACUGUACCAGCCUCUCUUUGACAAGAGAAGGGAGUUCAUCACUGGUGAUGUUGAACCGACAGACGCGGAAUCAGAGUGGCACAGUGAGAACGAAGAGGAGGAUAAGCUGGCCGGAGACGUGAAAAGUAAAGUAGUCAUCGCGGAAAAGGAAGUCGCGACAGCAGAGGAGCCAAACCCCAAAGGAAUCCCAGAGUUCUGGUUCACCAUCUUUAGAAAUGUAGAUAUGCUGAGUGAAUUAGUCCAGGUGAGCAGAUGUCCACGUCGCAGAGAGCUCCUCUUCUAAAAGCUGCUCACUUGUGAACCAUCUGAGCGUUUAUCUUUUGUCUUAGAGUUCCACUUUGAACCCAACGACUACUUUACCAACUCAGUCCUGACAAAAACAUAUAAGAUGAAGUCAGAGCCAGACAAGGCCGAUCCUUUCUCCUUUGAAGGCCCUGAAAUAGUCGACUGUGACGGGUGUGUCAUUGACUGGAAGAAAGGAAAAAACGUCACCGUCAAAACGAUCAAGAAGAAGCAGAAGCAUAAGGGCCGAGGCACGGUGAGAACGAUCACCAAACAAGUUCCCAACGACUCGUUCUUCAACUUCUUCAGCCCGCUGAAAGCAUCUGGGGAUGGAGAAUCACUGGACGAAGACUCGGAAUUCACGUUAGCCUCCGACUUUGAAAUCGGACAUUUCUUUCGUGAGCGGAUAGUCCCGCGGGCCGUGCUCUACUUCACGGGCGAGGCCAUAGAGGAUGACGACAACUUUGAAGAGGGUGAGGAAGGAGAAGAGGAGGAAUUGGAAGGUGACGAGGAGGGAGAGGAUGAGGACGAUGCCGAAAUUAACCCCAAGAAGGAGCCCAGCCAGCCCUCCGAGUGCAAACAGCAGUAAGACGACGGCACCGAGGACCCGUCGCGGCCGCAGCGCGACUGCACCGGCAGCCCUCGCCUCUAACUCGUUUUCAAGUGCAUGAUUUUGACGUUAACUUUUCCUUUAUCCUUAUUAUUUGGCUUAACCUGUACAGUGGCGACUUAAAUGCAUUUCAGAGAUAGGAGGUUUGCUUCCAGCACCCUCUACGGCCUUGGGUGCAGCGCGGUGGACUUUCCCAGGCCCUGCCUUUGGGAGGAGGGGGCGGUGGAAGGUCGGUCGACGCCAAGGGCAGGCGUCUGGGGACGUGGUUCCAGGGCAUCUAGAGCCAGUACCUCCACUCCGCAGUCGGACCGGAUUCUUCCUUCACUUGGAGAAACUCACACGCUUUGUGUUUCCGCCACUUGGUCUCCUGUGCUCUCGUCGUGCCCCAAGGGCUGGUAGAGUCGAGUCCCGUUCUUAGAGCGUUCCCUCUCCAGUUUUGUCUCCCUCGGGGUGGCGUAGGGGGUGCGCGCACCCCAGCCCCGAGGCGCCAGUGCUUGUGGUCCAUCCUCGUAUUUAUUUCUUCUCUCCUGCCCGUGAGGGCUCGGGGCGCCUGCCGUCGCUCGCCCUUACAGUCUCUGAACCCGUGUGUGUGCCUGGUGACCCGGUGGCUCCCCAGGUGGGUGUGCUGGCGGCUCCCACGCGAGCCAGGCCUGCGUAGAGGGACCCUCGCUCUGUCCCUGGCAGGGGCGCGGGGGGCGCCCGUGGCGGGGGGCCGCUUCUCCUAGUGUGUGCAUGUCGGGUCUUGCUUCCUCAGUAGCCCCUGUUUCUCGGCCCUGUGCUCAUCUUGUCUUCAAAGCCCUGGGUUCGGAGUGACCCGUUCUUGGCUGGCGUGUGAGGUUUCCGAGUGUGUGACCGCGGUCUCUGGCAGCCGGGGAUGCCGUGUCCACGCUGUGACCAGGCCUGUAGAGUGCUCAGCCUUACUUACAAGACAUUUGUAACUGAAUACGGUGUU